AUGAGGAUACGUUCUGGAGCCAGAGAAGGGCAUAACUUUCGAGACUACUUGUCUCAAGACGGACUUUGUAAUACUCCGGUGAAGUUGCGCAAGCCAGCUAGUGGUAACGAAGUAACUAAGCAACGAUUUCAAGUGUAUGGCCACACCAAAUUCGCCAAAGGAGGUGGCGAGCGACCGAAAUCGACGCUGGAGUUUCAAGAACUGGAAUGUUGUCUAGAGAGGACGCACCUACUUCUAUUAUCUGCGGACAUGCAGAUAGGACAGCUAAUAGUAACAGUGAAGUACAGGAAGAUUAAAAUCACCAUUUACGGUACUAACGUCGUUUACGUGCAGUCCGUGGCAAAGCUAGUCGUACAGCAGUACUGCACCGCGCUGUAUUUGGUCAGGAAAGUGAAGAUGGAAAACAAACAAAUUCGAACGAUGAUAUUGUAUGAGUAUAAACUGGGACGAAAAGCUGCAGAAACUGCUCCCAAUAUUAAUCAGGCAUUUGGCCAAGGAACUGUGACUGAGCGUACGGCUCAACAUUGAUUUCAGAAGUUUCGUAAUGGUGACGAAAGUCUUGAAGACGCAGAGGGUCGCGGACGUCCUUCUCUGAUCGACAAUGACGAAUUAAAGGCCAUUAUCGAAUCAGAUCCACGUAAAACGUCUCGUGAGGUUGCAGAGGUACUAAAUGUUGACCAUUCAACAGUUAUUCGCCAUUUAUCAGGAAUCGGUAAAUGCAAAAAGCUUGAUAAGUGGGUACCGCAUGAGCUGAACGAAAGCCAGAGGUUUCGUCGGUUUGAGAUUUGCUCUGCUCUGCUGUUACGGAACACAAACGAUCCGUUUCUUGAUCGGAUCAUAACAUGCGAUGAAAAAUGGAUUUUAUAUGAUAAUCGACGUCGUUCUGCUCAGUGGCUAGAUCAAAAUGAAAGACCAAAACAUUUUCCGAAGCCAGAACUUCAUCGAAAAAAGGUUAUGGUCACUUGGUGGUCCAGAAGAGGGAUUAUCCACUAUAAUUUUCUCAAACCUGGUGAAACUGUUACAUCAGUGAAAUACAGCCACGAAAUCGACAAAAUGCAUAAAAAGUUGAAAGAUUUAUGUCCAAUACUCGUCAAUCGAAACGGACCUAUCCUAUUGCAUGACAACGCCCGACCACAUGUUUCACGAAUCACCGUACAGAAACUCAAUGAACUAGGAUACGAAACCUUGCCUCAUCCACCGUAUUCGCCGGACAUUUCUCCGACGGAUUAUCAUUUAUUCAAACAUCUGGAAAUCUUUCUGUGUGAGAAGAACUUCAAAGCUCAAGCAGCAGCCGAAAACGCAGUUGAAGAGUUCAUCGCCUCUAGAACACCAGAAUUCUAUAAUACUUGAAUAAACAAACUUGUACUACGUUGGCAGAAAUGUAUAGAAUCGAAUGGUUCCUAUUUUGAUUAA